CAACUUUUUUCAUAACUGGAAAAUCUGGUAAUCGUAGGUGUUCUUUCCUUUUGAUGACUGUGUGUUUGCGAUGAGAUUGUGCUAAGAGCAGCGGAAUGUGCUCUGGGUCAGCUCCUGGGGUGGUUCUGAGCGGAGAGCGAGGUAGGAGGCAGCCACAGGAUUCCUUGUGGAAUGCAUUUGAAUUCUGAGUAGCUGAGUCCAAAGGUCGCCACUGAAGACAGUUAGAGUUGUGUGUACACUAAACAUGUACAGCCCUGGAAGGAGGAGCUCAGUUUCUUAUGUACUCGAUGGACUUAAGAGUCAUGUCAUUUAUUUCAAUAAGCUGCUGGAAAUAAUAACAGCUCCCCUAAGAUGCAGUGGUGCAGGUGGAUGGGAAACCGAAAGUCAAACACAAGAAGCCAGCCCACGGAGAUGGAGCUAGACGAGGACUCCUGUGAUUUCCUCUUCAAGAUCAUCCUCAUCGGAGACACCAGCGUGGGCAAGACUUGUGUGGUCCACAGUUUCAAGUCAGGAUUGUUUCUUGAAAGGCAGCAGAACACUAUAGAAGUGGACUUCACAGUUCGAACUUUGGACAUUGAUGGCAAAAAGGUCAAGAUGCAGGUUUGGGAUACAGCAGGACAGGAGCGCUUUAGGACCCUCACCCAGGGCUACUACCGGAAUGCCCAUGGUGCCAUGAUCGCCUAUGACCUGACCCGUCACAGCACCUUUGAAUCCCUACCUCACUGGAUCCAGGAAGUGGAGCAAUGUGGAGCACCCAGCAUAGUAGUCAUCUUCAUAGGCAACAAGUGUGAUCUUGAAUCUGAACGUCAAGUGUUGUUUGAAGAUGCAUGUACUUUGGCUGAACAACGGGGGGCACUAGCUGCACUAGAAACAUCUGCCAAAAUGGACCAUAAUAUUGAGGAAGCCUUCUUCUUGAUGGCAAAAGAACUCAUUGUGAGAAGCGGAGGGGUGGUCAAUCAGGAGCCCUACUCAGAGUCCCCUUACCCCUUGCUGCAUUCUGACUCCCACACCAUAAACCUGGAGGAGUCAUCAGAGAAUAAGCCAUGCGGCUGCUGAGAACAG